AUGGCCGAAUAUCUCACUCCUCCUUCGUUCCUCACGGAUAACAGCGUCGCUGCCGCCCUUAAGGAUGCAUACUCCUCGUUCUCCGAGCGCAGGGCGGCCCUCGGCCUGCCUAACCCGGGAACCGUCGACAACAUCGCCCGCGAAGUCCAGAAAGAAGUGCUUCUCUCCAACUUCAUGUUCUCCGGUCUCCGGGCAGACUUGACCAAGGUGUUCGGCAUGAGCCCCCUGUUCCGUGUAUCGCAUGCGUUCUCCAUGGGCUCGUCCGGAAACCUGCCCCCGUAUGCCUUCUCCGCCAUGUACGGAAGCCCGAAGGUCUUCAUGCAAGGUAACUUCGGAAGCGAUGGCGCUCUUGCUGCUGUCGGCAACUAUCGUUGGAACCCCAAGCUCGUCACCAAGACCAACACUCAGAUCAUGGCCGGUGCCAGCCAGGGCCUUAUCCAGAUCGACAACGACUACACCGGCGAUGACUUCUCGGCCUCGCUCAAGGCCUUCAACCCUUCGUUGUUGGAGGGUGGCCUUACCGGAAUUUUCGUUGGCAGCUACCUUCAGUCUGUGACUCCUAGCCUGGCUCUCGGCUUCGAGGCUAUCUGGCAACGUCAGGGCAUGAACACCCGUCCGGAAAGUGCCAUCUCUUACAGCGCCCGCUACAAGACCAGUGACUGGAUCGCCAGUGCCCAGCUCCAGGCCCAGGGUGUCUUCACUGCUUCUUACUGGAAGAAGCUCUCUGAUCGCGUCGAAGCUGGUGCCGACCUCAACCUUCAGUUCGCUCCCAACGCUGCCGCUGCUCUCAUGGGCGGCCCCAGCCGCGACGGUACCACCGCCAUUGGUGUCAAGUACGAUUUCCGUGCUUCUACCUUCCGCGCUCAGGUCGACAGUGCCGGUAAGGUCAGCUGCCUUCUCGAGAAGCGGAUAGCUAUGCCCAUCUCUCUUACCUUUGCUGGUGAGAUCGAUCAGGCCAAGCAAUCCGCUAAGCUCGGUCUUGCUGUUUCCCUUGAGAUCGCUGGCGAGGAGCUGAUGGAGCAGCAAGAGAAGAUUGAGGCUCAGGGCAUGGUCCCCCCGCCUUUCUAG